CGGAGGUAAUUCUCCUUCCCACAGCAAGGGAAUUUCCCACCCUCUGCCCCACAGUACUCUCUGCUCAGGUAGCCAGAAGAUGCCCCCCUCCAGCCAGUACCCCUGCCCCAUGCCCCACAGCACCCCAUGUGGCUGCUCUGUGUGUCUCAUCACUCAGCCAGGCACAAGAGCAGCCUCACGUUCGUCACUAUCUACAGCGUCCUGUCAAACUCCCUGGACAAGCUGACGGGCGGGAAGCUGAGACAGAGAAAGAGCCAGGAAGAUGCCAAGACACAGCUGUCUUCGAAGCCCUCCAAGCGGGUCACCAUCUCGGGCGUGGUGGAGCAGCCAGGCCAGGGCAGCCAGGAGACCAGCUCCGUGGCACCCUCAGCUAUUGAGAGCACCGGGGUGCAGGGACCGGCUGGCUCCGGGGCAGCUCCGCAGCGGGAGAGCAGCCCACUGCCCAAGGCGCAGUCUGGGAGAUCAAGAGCUGCCAUGGUUCCCAGCCCCCCUGAGCGAUCCAGAGCCUCCGUGGGCGUGGGGCGCUCAACAGCAGCCACAGCCUCCGUGGGCGUGGGGCAUUCGGUGGUAGCCACAGCGUCGGCAGCAACAGGUCCUUCCAGGCUGGGCAGUGCCCAGCCCUUGGGGAUGGAUGGAGAGAAGGACCCAGGCAGGAGAUCCAGGGAGCUGAGUGCGGAGAGGAGCCGAGCCCAACAGGGCCACGCCAGCCCCUCCACGGAGCAGGGUAGGUCCCAUUCCUGGAGCCCCAUGGGGAGGCCAAGCCAACCAAGGUCCAGCGCCAUGUCUGGAGAUUCUGGAGCAGCCAGGCUUUCAGAGCGAUCCAGAGUCUCAGUGGCUGCUGGCCCUUCGGAGAGAUCCAGAAUCUCAGUGGCUGCUGGCCCUUCGGAGAUGGCCACGGUGUCGGUAGCCGUAGGUCCAUCCGAGCUGGAGCCAUGGAACAGCACCCGGCUCUCAGGGAGGGACCAGCUGAGCCUGCCAGGCAGGGGAUCUGGAGACCGCAGCAAGGCGGGGAGCCAGACUGGAAGUCAAAUCAGCUCCCCGAGCUCCAUGAGGAACGCUGGGACCCCCGGUGCCGUGGCUGCCCUAGGGAUGGAGGAUGACGACGUAUCUAGAGAGACAUCCAAGAAGUCCAGAGCCUCUGUGGUUCUAAGCUCUCCAGAAAGAUCGAAACCUGUGGCUCUAGGUUCUGCGGAAAAAUCUAGAGCGUCGGUAGCUCCAGGUUCUCCAAAGCGAUUCAAAGUCUCAGUGGCUGCUGGCCCAUCAGAAAGAUCCAGAGCAUCCGUGGCCGCUGGCCCUUCGGAGAUGGCUACGGUGUCGGUGGCCGUGGGACGGUCUGAGCCAGGGUCUCUCAGCAGUGCCUGGACCCCAGGGACAGAUGCUCAGAGGGCUCCCAAUGCGGGGAGGAGCCGACUCAGCUCCCCAUGCUCCGGGGCUCCUCUGGGGACGGAGGCCGGCCACGCAUCCCCAGGCAGUGCCACCCUGGGGAGAUCCGGGGAGCAGAGCCGAAGCCAGGCCAGGGAGGAAGGAGGGGCCCGUUCCCAGAGUCUCUCGAGCCAGGCGCCCCAUGUGAGAGCUGCAGUCUCGGGGCCCAGCAGUACCCGGCCCUCGGAGCUGGACAGACAGGGGGAGCUGGGCUGGAGAUCCAGCCGACCCAGUGCAACAAGGAGCCAGAGCAAAGGCCGGAAGAGAGACAAGCAGGACCCCUCUGUUGGGCACCCUGCCACCAAAGGCGGCAGUGAGCGGGCUGCAGACAGAAUGAAAUCCCAGUAGAGGUCAGGUCGGACGCAGCCCGAGCUGGAGGGGAGGAUUCAUCGCUGGGCCCCGGGAAUCUCUCAGGGACAGGAUGGCUGGAGGGCCCAGGCCAGGGACACGGGGCAGAGAACAGCUAGGACGCCCCACAGCGGCCGGCCGGCCAGGG